UGCACCAUCCAACACAAAACCCAGCUCGACAAUGUCGUCUAAGCACUUGCUAGCGUUUCUCAUUGGAGUGGUGUUUCUCACCACUUCAACCUUCGCGAAUUACUAUCAGCCUCCAACCUAUAAGCCACCGGAAAAGCCUCCUGUGUACAACCCUCCACCAAUUGAGAAGCCCCCUGUCUAUAAACCUCCGGUAGAAAAGCCCCCUACCUAUAAGCCUCCUGUUGAGAAACCACCUGUUUACAAGCCACCAGUUUACAAGCCUCCAAUUCAGAAGCCACCAGUUUACAAGCCUCCCGUGGAAAAACCCCCUGUUUACAAGCCACCCAUUGAGAAACCACCCGUUUACAAGCCACCCGUUGAGAAACCACCCGUUUACAAGCCUCCGGUUGAGAAGCCACCCGUUUACAAGCCCCGUGGA